CCGAGUUUAUCAUCUUGCGAUUCUCCAUGAAGUUACUUAUCCUUACUCUCAUCUCUAUCUCUCUUGUUUCCGCAGCUAGUAUCUCCUCCCGUGCGACUCAAGCAAGCAACAUCGGGAUGGUGUAUUGCACUGAAGCGAACUUCACCGGAAUUUGCGCCCAUGCUACUAUCGGCGCAGGUACCUGCGUCACCUUCGUUCCAGGCGAUACCUUCUACAAAACCAUCUCGUCCGUGCAAAACGAUCCUGAAAAUAUCUGCACCAUCUAUCCGGGAGUUCAAUGUGUUGGCGCCUCUUUGGAUAUCAAUCAAGGAUACAAUGACUUAAGCACAGUUGGCUGGGACAACACGGCGCGUCCUACAUCUGCGGUAGGACCAUUUCUUGAAGCCCCGUACCUCGCAGUACUAGUCGACCUUGGUUCUUUCUGUACUACGUUAUAUUGGUGUCAUCGAGGACUGCCGACUCUUGUCUUUGCGAAAUACCUGCAUUUUAUUAAAUACGAUCACCAGUUGAGUGUCUCUGGAUGGACUUGAAUUACAUGAUCCAGAUAUAAACCGU